CAGCCGCACCAGUACACCAGCGACAGCUCGCACCCCGUGGCUGUUGUUGUUGUUGUUCCUCCUCUCUUUGUAACUGUUGGUGUUUUUUAUUAUUAUUAUUAUUAUCAUCAUCAUCAUCACCGUUGUUGUUGUUACUGCAUAUGAGUUAAGCUGCCGAGCGCGUGUACUCUAUAAUAUACUGCAGGAGCUUUCGGAGCUUGCGCCCCUCACCCGUGGACAUACGUACAGAAACAAGCAUCAGGACGGGCCGCAGGAGAGCGCGAGGCGAGUCCAUAAAGCUCCUUUGGCGCCAUUCACGCGAGUGCGAGGGUGUAGGCCCCUCUCUCGGCCACCCCCGAUUUUUCGUCCCCCCUGAAGCCCAAGAAAACGAGGUUGCGUACCUUUCACCAGUGCAGUGGCCCACCCGAGUGCGCGGGAGGGUGGCGCGCUGGACAACGCAAGAGGCAGCAGCAGGGAAUCGCCUACGGAGUAUAGCGCGAGUGCAUCGAUCCGCAGCGCCAUUUUACAGUGUCGCCCCUGCAGUGCCCUCCCCCGAGUAGUCGUCGUCUCGGCGUGCUAGUUGUACACUCGGGUUGUUUGUUUUUAUUUUUUUCCCUCCCUCCGUCAGAGUAUAAAACGGCUCGUAUAUCCCGGUAGUCAUCGUACCGUGUACAGUUAAGUUGCAAAGCGUAGCACAGGAGGAGGAGGAGGAGGUGGUGCGGUAGCGCCGUACAAGGGUCGUAAACGGCAGCAGGCUGGGCGGACGACUGAGCGAGGUGGUGGGUCCCGUAGUGGAGGAGGCCGUCGAGCCAGGGGAUGCGACCUCGGUGACGGGACCCCUGCGGGAGGCCUCGCUACCCGCCCGGGUCGUCCACCCGGUGGCCCUCGCGAGGCGCGCGAGCAGCCCCUCCCGGCCGCCGGCCCCCCUCGAGCGCCACCUCGUGCAAAGCCACCGCGAGAACAUCCAGCCCGAGCAGCUGGCCCAGCAGCAGAGGCGCGCCAGCGACGGCCACGACAAUAGGAGCAUGGGUACCGUCCUGUCGUUCAGUCCGCGCGAGCGCCACGGCUCCACGGCCCUCUCGCCCACCAGCCCCUCCCGCCAGCCCCCCCUGCUCCAGGGCAACUUCACCCUCAACAACUUCAACUACGAGCACCUCAACAACGUCAAGAACAAGAGCACCGGGGGACUCGUCGCUUCAACCACCACCACCCAGAACAAUCACCACCAACACCACAACCACCACAACCACCACAACAACCACAACAACCACAACAACAACAAUAACAACAACAACCACAACAACAGCAACAACCACAACAACAGCAACAACAAUGCCCUGAACAUGAGCAGCGCCAUCAACAACAACGACAGUGCGCGCAUCAUCUCCGAGAAGAACGCCCUCGAGAAGAACUUGAAGAAGAACUCGCUGAUCAUCGGGGCCCUCUCGUGGAAGAGGUUCAGCACCGUCAACAACAACAAGAAGAAGCAGCAGCAGCAGCAGCAGCAGCACCAACAGCUCGAAAACAAAAACAAGAACGCCAAUAAGGCCCGGCAGCCCCUCGACAGUAUACCCAUCACCGACAAAAACAAGAACAUUCAGACGCCCCAAGUGUCGAUGAUCGGUCCUCUCAACACGUUUUAUUCGUAUAACCAGACGAAGGCGCCCACCUCGAACAACAACAACAACCAAGCGCCGCACAAUCCCGGCUGCGAGAAGCUCGUCCAGAAGCCCCAGCCACCAACCUCGCGCAAGACCGUCAUACAGGCCUCCACCUCGGAGCUGCUCAGGUGCCUCGGCGUCUACUUGCACUCCAAGUGCGUCAAGCUCAAGGACUUCCAAACGAACGACGCCGCACUAUGGCUCAGGACCGUCGACCGCAGCCUGCUCCUCCAGGGCUGGCAGGACGUGGCGUUCAUAAACCCGGCGAACGUGGUGUUCGUGUACAUGCUCGUGCGCGAGCUCGUCGACGGCAAAGAGGCGUCGGAGCGCGAGCUCCAAGCCACGGUGCUCACCUGCCUGUACCUCUCGUACAGCUACAUGGGGAACGAGAUAAGCUACCCGCUGAAGCCGUUCCUCGUCGAGGACAGCAAGGACAAGUUCUGGGACCGGUGUCUGCUGAUCGUCAACCGGCUGAGCUCGAAGAUGCUGCGCAUCAACAGCGAGCCCGGCUACUUCACCGAGAUAUUCUCCGAGUUGAAGGGCUACGGGGCGACGGAGCAGAGCAACCUGACGACUGGCAGCAACCUCGACCGGAGCCUCGUUGUCUCCAGAGUCGUGGUACCAACCAAGGCAGCUUGACGGAGCCCUGGCUACACCCACCUGCUGGUGCGGAUCGCCCGACAGCGCUGCGACGUCACGACGCUCUGACGAUCGACGAGUCCCAGCCGAG